AUGAAAGAAUUAUCGAUAGAAAAAGAGUUAGAACUGAUAUAUGAAUACAUGACAUCAUUUGAACAUUUAAUGAGGAAUUUUAGUGAUUAUAUUAAAAGAAAAAAGACAAAAAGAAAAGUUAUUGAAAAAAGUGAUUUGAUAGAUAAAUUUUUUCUUAAAUAUUUAAAUAAAAAUAUACCAUCCAAGUUAUUUCUUCAUAUGAAAUGUACAAGAAAUAGUAAUUUUUAUGAACAUAUUUUUCUCUGCACUUUUUAUCAAAUUAUUGUAAAAUAUAUAGUUUAUGACCCGUUGUUUCGGUAUCAAAAAAGUUUAGAACAUGAUAUUGAUGAGGAAAGUGGGGACUUUCAAAAAGAAGGAAGUAACAAUAUAUACUUGGAGGGGAAUAUAAACAGUUAUAGUGACACUAUAUAUAUGGAUGAUGAUGAGAAGUGUUUAGGUAAGGAAUUAUUUGAUGAUGAUGCGAGGGAUCGUGGUAAGGAAAGGUUUGGUGAUGAUGGAAAGGACGGUGGUAAGGUAAAAGCUCCUAAAAUAGAAUCAGUUGAAGCAUGUCGAAAAAAUGAUGAUACGUCAAAAUUAAUAGAUAACACAAAUACGUAUUUUAUUUCACGGAAAAGCAAAGAGAAGAAAGAAAGAAUAACAAGGGAGGUACUUGAUAUUAUCGAAAAAGAAAACUUAAAAUUCCAAAAGUUAAAUGAUGAAUAUUUUAUUCUUAAUUUGACAUAUGAGAAAAUAUGUGACCUAAUAUAUUCCUUUGGUAUCGUAUGUUAUAUAUUUGAAUUUUAUUCAUUUUUUAAGAUAAAAAAUAUUAAUAUUAUGAAAAAUAAAAAAUGCUCAUUUAAUUUCUUUAACUGGAUGUUUGAUAUAAAAUAUAACGUUUUGAAAAAUAUGAAUUUAAGUUCAGUAAAUAAAAAAAGUAAAUAUAAUACAAAAAAUGAAAGUGAUAAGAAUUGUUCUUUGGGUGAAAAGUUAUAUGAUGACAUUACUAUUAGUGAUGUCAAAAAAUGCAUGAAUGAUGAAGAAACUUACUGUAAUGAUAACAGUAAUAAAAACAAUUUUUAUAAUAUUGAAGGUUUCAGUAGUAAUAAUAAAUUUUUUGAAAAUGAAAAUUCUUUUGUUGAUGAAAAUUUUCUAAUUUAUAUGUUAACUAAAAAAGAAGACAUUGAAAAUAUUUUUUCAUCGUACAAUGAAGAGAAAAAAAGAAAAAAUCAUCCCUCAAUGAAUUAUGGGGAAAACAUUCUAAAUAACAGCAUUUUAAAUGUUGAAAAGAUAAGGGAAAAUAAUAACACUAUAAAUGAAGAACAGAUUAUCAGUAACAAUUAUCUUGAGGGUGAUGGUAAGUAUAGAGAGAAUGUAAAUAACACUGUAAGCAAUGUAAACAAUUUGAUUAGUGGAAAUAUCGAUUUUUUAAAGAGCUCUCAAUUAAAUAAUAAUAUUAAUGGUAAUACGCAUAAUAUAAGUAGCAUGAAUAAUAUAAGAAGCAUGCAUAAUAUAAGAAGCAUGCAUAAUAUAAGAAGCAUGAAUAAUAUAAGAAGCAUGAAUAAUAUAAGAAGCAUGAAUAAUAUAAGUAUUAGGAAUAAUAUUAAUGAUGUGGAUAGUAUUAAUAGUGUGAAUAAUAUAAGUAAUAGCAAAACAAAAAAAAAUUACGAAAUAAUAAAGGCCCAUUUAGAAAAUAUAUACGUUAAGAUGAAAAAUGUGAAAACAUCGAGACUAUACGUAUCGUUGUAUUUAUAUGUGAACUAUGUAUUUGAGUUUUUAGAUGAUAAUAGCAAGAAACAUUUUAAGAAAAUAAGUACUUUCAAUUUAUGUUUUGAUGAAAGCACAUAUGAAACUAAAAUUAUGGACAAUUUAUGUAUGGUAAAUAAUUUAAACAAUUAUUGUAGUAGUAACUUAAGUAAGAAUAAUGAUCAUUAUUUAAAAAAAAAAAAUUUCAUUUCAUUUCAUUUAGGUGGUUUUAUUGAAUUUAUUAAUAAAAAAAAUUCAUCUAAUAAAAAAAAUGUUAUAAUGCAUUUAAAAAAGUACAUUGAUAAUGAUUUAUUUAAUGACAAAAAUGUGCUAUCUAUUGAAUAUAAUGAGAUGGAUGAUAAGAAAUAUAAGAAUAUCAAUGAACAUGAUGAAUAUUACAAGAUUUGUUUUAGCCAUAAUGGGGGGUAUGAACAAGAGUAUCUGAGUAACAAAAAUUCCAUUUUGAGCAGUGGUAAUGAUACUUGUAUUGGUAAAGAUAGAAGUAACAGUAAUGAUAUCAAUAAAUGCAAUGUAAGGAAUAAAAUUAACGGGGAGGAAAAUUGUAGAAAGUACAAUGAAUCAAAAGAGGAUAGGGGACAAAAAAACAGAGGUAAAAAAAAGAAAUUGAAAAAUAAAUCGAAUGGUUAUAAUAAAAUAAAUGGCUCAAAACUGAAGAAUCAUGAUAUUAUUGAUAACAGUAUUUUUUCUAAUAAAAAUGAAAAAAAGAAUAAUGCUACUUCUGUCAUAGUUCAGAUAAAUAAAUUUGUAAAUGAUUAUAUAUAUAUGUUUAUUUCCUAUGUUUGCCUAAAUGUCAUGAAAUUGUCUAUUUUUUUAAUAGAUAAAUAUAAUAUAACUAUACCUAAUAAGUAUAUAGAUCUUAGCUGCUAUAUUUACAUUUGCCAAAUGAAUAAGUUAAAUUCGAAUAUACUAUAUUUUAUAAGCAAGUAUAAUAUACAUCAUUAUAUAUUUUCAAAUGAUAUAGCUAAUAAAGAUCUUAAAGCGAAUUAUCAUAUAUAUAAGAACAUUGAAUAUAAUGGCUUAAGUACCAAAUAUAACGAUUUUCAUUUUACGUUUAUGGGUGACAUUGUAUCAUUUCAUGACAUAUCAAGAAGAAGACAUCAUAAUAAAAGUUAUACCAACUACAAUCCUUACGACAAUUAUUACAAGGGAAAAAGGAAUUAUCUCACUCGUAACGGCGCAAAAGAUGGAUACGUAGACUGUUCUGGAACAAAGUAUAACAACAGCAGUAGUAGCAAUAAAGACAAUCAGAGUAAGAAAGACGGAGGAUGUAAUAAUAAUCUCAGUUUAUGUAUAAGUGAAGUGUGCAACUUGCCAAACGGAAGUGGUAUCAAAAAUGACGACUGCUACUUUUUGUCGUCAUCUCAUGUUAAAAUGAACACAAUUUAUGACACUCAUAAAAACGGCCAUUAUUCAGUACAGUCUCAAGCAGUGUCAUCGAAUACAAUAAAAAUUAAUUCAAAUAGUAAUGAUUAUGUGAAAUGCACAGAACUAAAUAACAAGUGUGUUCCUUAUGAAUAUACUAAGGAAAAUCAGAUGAACUCCUUGUAUGUAUGUUUGUCACCUAACAAUAAUUUAAAUGAAGAAAUGCAAGGAAAAAUGCAAACAAAAGUGCAGAGAGAAGUGGAAAAAAAGAAUUUUAAUAAUUCCCUUUUGGAAGAAACCAAAAGAUACGCUAAUGAAGAACAGAACAAUUUAAGUAUCAACCCUUGUGUACCCGAAGAGAAAAGUAGUGGUGCUGUCAAUUCAUUUGUACAAAUGGAAAAUAUAAAGAACGAACGAUCUUGUUCAUCAUAUAUUAAUAUGAAUAUUAGUAACAAAUGUGCUGCUGAUAAUUCUUACAGUAAUAAUUGUGAAGAGGAGCAAUUUCAUAAUAACAGUAACAUGACCAAAAAGGGGGAGGAGGAUAUACAUAAUAAGACGAAUAAAUAUAGUAAUACAUUUGAGGAAAUGAAAACAACUGUUCAAGCGUCUAAUUUCGAAGAUAAAAACAGCACACAAGUAGGUAAUAUCAUAAAUUGUAGUGGCAGUGGUAGUAGCAAUAGUAAUGGCAAUAGCAGAAGUAACAGUGGCACUCCACUUCUGGGAAAGAACGUUAAUAAUAGUACGAAUAUGAAUAAUAGAAGAUAUGUGGAAGUACUUUUUAACAUCAGCAAAAUUAGUAGCAUAAAUUUUUUGAACAGUGAUUUAUACCCAAUAAAAUUAAAUGUAAUGUAUAAUUUACAUUUGAAUGAGAUUCUUAUGAACGAUACAAGGGUUUCAAAUAUUGUAGAUCAUUGCAGAGGUGACAAAACAUUAGAAUUAGAAUUAAUUAAACAAAAGUUAAUAAACGGUAAUAUAAAAUAUGCAAUUAAGUUAAUAAAAAUAUAUAAUUAUGAGUUGUUGCAAUUUCCUAAUUUAUUCUUUUAUUUAAAUUAUAAAUCUUAUAAUUAUCUUUUAAGUACUUUUGAUAGAAAGUACAUUAUUUACUAUUUGUUUGACAAUCCAAAGUAUUUGAAAGUAUAUUUUAAUGUAUUAUUAAAAAAAAGGAAUUGGGAAUAUUGCCUCAUGGCAUUAUAUUUCUUAUAUCCUUUAUAUAUCACAUCAGAAGAUACAGAUUUUCGAAUGUUAUAUUUUUUAUAUUUUAAGCCUAAAAAAACGAGGAAAAUGAGUUAUAGCAAUAAUGUUAUAAAUAAUGAACAAUACCCAAGGCACUUUGAGAACGAUUAUAGAAGAGACAUAAAUGAGAAGUAUAUACAUAAUAUAGCAAAUUACAGUAGUAAUGAUGAUAAUACAAAUUACACUUUUAAUAAUAUUUGUUCUUUUUUAAAAAGUGAAUGUGUUAUCAUAAAUGAUACGUAUUUUACAUUUAAAAAUGAAGAAGUUAUGCCUUGUGAUAGUGUUACUAGGAAAGUGUAUAAGUUGUCUGACUUAUGUAAAUAUUUUGAUAUGUUUGAAAAGUUUAAAAAAAUAAAUUCAGAAAUUAUUAGAAAUUCUUUUAAUUAUUUAAUUAAAAGGAAUGGAACAUGUGCAUGCAAAGGGAAUUAUAUUUGUAUAAAUGAUUUGGGUUCCUCCUUAAAAGAAGUUGUUUUAGUAGAAAAAUUUGAUGAUUUUUUUAAGUUAUAUGAACAUAUAAAACAAAAUGAAAAGAUAAUUUUUAUAGAUUCUGAAUGGAAAUGUUCAAUAUUUCGUGAAAAUCCUAUAGUCUCCAUUUUUCAGAUUGCCUUGAAAAAUAAUUCAUUGUCUUAUAUAAUCGAUAUGAAAAAAAUAGUUGUUGAAAAUUAUGAAAUUAAUUACUACAUUUCGGACCUUUUCAGAGAUCAAAAUAUUAUUAAAAUAGGAGUAGCAUUUUUAAACAAUGAUAUGUUGCAAUUUAGAAAAUUUUAUGAUAUUAUGAAUAUGCUGCAGUGUGAGAAAUAUAAUAAUAUAUUAUUAACUCAAAAUAACAGAGGAGAGGGUGAAGAGGGGGAAAAUAUAGAAUAUAGGGAGAAUAGAAAGAGUAAGGAAAAUAGAAAGAAUAAGCAAAAUGGGGAAAAUAAGAACUUAUCCAAUAAUACGUAUACAUUAAGCGAUUUCAAUGUUGGCAUUAACAACACAACGGACUGUCAUAUGUUAUUAAAAAAAAUUAUGAAAAAUGUAAUGGAGAACAGUAAUGAUAGCAACAACGAUAUGAAUAAUGAGAAUAAGUAUUACUAUUUUUAUAAAAAUAAUUUCAGUUUUCCUGAUAGUAGAAAAAAGGAACGUCAAAUGAAAAAAAAUACUAAUCUAGAUGAUGAUAUAAGUUAUAAAAAUAUAUUCCCUGUAAAUUAUUUUAUAAAAUACAAGAAUAAUGAAUCUUUAAUUGAUAAACAUUUGAAUACAAAAUGUGAAACAUGUAACAAAAUUGGUAUAUAUAGUUGUAUACAUAAAUAUUAUGAUUUAGAAUAUAUAUAUAUAAAAUAUUAUGAAGAUUUAAAAACAUACUUUCCUCAUCUUAAAAGAAAUACGAGCUUUUCUGUUAAAAUUUUUGGAAAAGCUUUACUCCCCGAAAAAAAAGUUAAUAAAGAAUGUCAAAUAAUUAAUUGGAAUUUUAGACCACUUUCCUCAAAUGGUGUUGAAUAUGCAGUACUAGACGUGCUCAUUUUGAAAAAUUUUUUUAACUUAAUUCAAUCAAAAUUGCCUUUCGUUAUUGAAUGUACUUUAUAA